GACAGCAGCUGCAGUGUCUAGACAAAGGCAGAAACGUCCAGAGCAGCCGAGAUCAGGUCCAGGAUGCGGCGCCUGUUCUUGUCUCACGUGCUAGGGGCCUGGCUGCUACUGAGCCAACUUCCUAGAGAACUCUCAGGCCAGAAGCCCGACGACGUUAUUAAGGCAUGCGGACGCGAAUUAGCACGCCUGCGGAUCGAGAUCUGCGGCUCCCUCUCCUGGAAGAAAACGGUUCUGAGGCUGGAGGAGCCUGGGCUGGAAGCCGGACAACCCGUAGAAACUGUGUCAUCCUCCAUCAGCAAAGAUGCAGAAGCUUUAAAUACGAAGUUGGGACUCAAUUCUAAUUUGCCAAAAGAGCAGAAAGCAACACUGUCUGAGAGGCAGCCAUCAUGGAGGGAGCUGCUACAACAACCUGCAUUAAAGGAUUCAAAUCUUAACUUGGAAGAAUUUGAGGAAACCAUUCUGAAGACACAAAGUGAAGUAGAAGAUGACAGUCUUUCAGAAUUAAAGAACCUAGGCUUAGAUAAACAUUCUCGUAAAAAGAGAAUGAUUCAACUGAGUCAUAAGUGUUGCUACUGGGGUUGUACCAGAAAAGAACUCGCCAGACAAUGCUGAGAUGAAGCUAAUGAUGCAUUUCAUAUAGAUGUUCAUGUGUGUUCUCAAUGACACACUCACUGAUGCCUCUGUCAACUGCGCUAAUUAUUAGAAUAUGAGAAAUCAUUAUUAGUGUUUAGAUUUUUCAUUUGUUGUCUAAGAAAAUAUUCCUUCAGUUAUUGCAGUGUCUGCUAAUAAAACUCUUUAUGC